ACACAUGAAGACGUCCAAUUCAAAGGUACAAACUCUUAACUCCACACACACACACACAAAUGUAUGAAGAGAGAGAAACAGAGUGCCACCCUCUGUUACAAGGUGACAGAGAUGAAGAUUUCAAAACUAUAAGCUUAUGUUCAUCAGAAAUGGAGUCUUUGACCAGCAUCUGUGAGGUGAUCUUGCCAUCACUCUCUCCAAAUUCUCUAACUCACAAUCAUGACAACAACAAAAGUGAUGAUGAAUCAAUCAAACUAUUCUCCACUCUUUCUGCUUCCCAAUACCCCAUUCCAAACAAGGUGGCUCGGCUUCUGGUGAAAAGGGCAUUCUUGGAAGCAAUUAUGGUGGUUAGAUUGGUGUUGAAACUUUGUUCAAGCAGGGUUGGUACCCUUUUGAUUGGUGGGUCUCUUUGUUUUUCUGAUAAAUGGCCAUACAUAAACAAGUUUUCGGAGAUUAGUUUGGAGAGAAGAGAGAAGAUUGUGCAGAAAUGGUUUAAACAUCACUUUCUCACGCCUGUUCGGCUUGGAUUCGUGUUCAUCAAGAGUCUUUGUCUUUUGGCCUUCUUUUCGCAGGUUAAUGAAAAAUCAAAAAAUCCAACAUGGGAAGCCAUCGGCUACAACGUAGCCACAACCAAACAACACCCAAACCAACAAAACAAUCGACCAUUACAAAAAAACAUGGUGGAAAUCAUCAACGAAACCGAUCACACACUAGUCAACUCCCUCAUGCAAAAAGGCCUGCACGUAACAGAAAACCUCAAAGAAAACAUCUGCAAGAUAACCUGCGACGUAGUAAUCAUCGGCUCGGGCUGUGGUGGGGGCGUUGCAGCCGCAGUACUCGCGAAAUCGGGCAAGAAAGUUGUGCUCCUGGAGAAAGGAAACUAUUUUACUCCAAAAGAUUAUUCUAGCCUCGAGGGUCCUUCUUUAGAUCAAAUGUAUGAAUCUGGUGGCAUACUUCCAACACUUGAUGGAAAACUCAUGAUCCAAGCCGGCUCUACUGUUGGCGGUGGCUCAGCGGUUAACUGGUCGGCUUGCAUUAAGACGCCAACGUCGGUUUUAACAGAAUGGGCUGAAGAACAUAACAUGAAGUUGUAUGGAACUUAUGAGUAUGCUUCUGCAAUGGAUAUAGUGUGUGAAAGAAUUGGUGUCACUGACAAGUGUGUGAAAAUAGGGUUUCAGAAUCAAGUGUUGCGAAAAGGGUGUGAGAGUCUUGGAUUGAAGGUGGAGGAUGUGCCGCAGAAUGCGUCGAAAGAUCAUUAUUGCGGUUCGUGUUGUUUUGGAUGUCCAACGGGGGAUAAGAAGGGGACGGAUUCGACGUGGUUGGUGGAUGCUGUGGAUCAUGGAGCUGUGAUUAUAACUGGAUGUAAAGCUGAGAAACUUUUGUUUACUGAGAGUGGUGAAGGAAAGAGAAGAGGAAAGAGAUGUACAGGAGUGGUUUCACAGCUUAUGAACCAGAAAAUCUCUAAAAGAUUGCAGGUUGAGGCAAAAGUAACAAUCUCUGCAUGUGGGUCACUCUUAACACCACCAUUACUGAUAUCUAGCGGGUUGAAAAACCCUAAUAUCGGCAAACACCUUCGUCUUCAUCCUGUUCUAAUGGCAUGGGGAUACUUCCCCGAAAGUAAUGAUUCAAAUCUAUCCGGUAAAAGCUACGAAGGUGGCAUUCUAACAUAUGUCCAUAAACCUGAUGAUCAUAGCUACAUCUUGGAAGUCCCAGCCCUCGGGCCAGGGACUUUCGCCGCGUUAUGUCCAUGGGUUUCCGGUAAAGAUAUGAAAGAAAGAAUGUUGAGAUACUCAAGAACAGCUCACGUGUUCUCAUUAGUUAAAGAUUAUGGAUCCGGUGAAGUAAAAUCAGCAGGAAGAAUAAACUACAAUUUUCAUAAAUCAGACAUAGAAAAUCUUAAAAAAGGGUUGAAACAGGCUAUUAGAGUUUUGAUCGCGGCAGGAGCGAGGGAAGUGGGAACCCAAAGCUCUGACGGACGGAGGUUUAAAUGUAAUGGAAGUAGUGAUGAAGAUGUUGAGGAGUUUUUGGAGACGGUGGACGCUAGAGAUGGGCCGCUUUCGAUGGUGAAAGAUUGGAGUAUUUAUUGUUCUGCUCAUCAAAUGGGGAGUUGUAGGAUGGGAGAAAGUGAGAAGGAAGGGGCAGUUGAUGAGAAUGGUGAGAGUUGGGAAGCAGAAGGGCUUUAUGUUUGUGAUGCUAGUGUGUUACCAUCCGCGGUUGGUGUUAAUCCCAUGAUUACGAUACAGUCGACUGCUUAUUGUCUUGCACAAAGAAUUGCUGACACAUUUUGAUGUUUUAAAGGUAUGAUUGUAUGUUGUUGGAGUAAAUAGGGUAUGAUUGAAUUUACCCUUGAAGUCUUGCGAGUUGAUAUUCUAAUGUUUAGAUCGGGUUUGCAUAUAAUGUGUAUAAUUGUUUGUGACUGUAUAUAAAGUUGCAACAAAAAUAAAAGAUCAAAACAAUAUAUUAUGUGUCA